AAAAAGAAUAAUAAAAAUUAAAAUCACCUUAAUUAACUUGAAACAUUCGCUUCAUCUUAUCAUCGUUUAAGAAGAUGAAUUAAGUUUCUGGUUUAUCGUAAACAUGAUAAACCGGUUAUGGUAAUAUUGAAUUUGAUAGGUAUCAUAAAUCACGCGUUGUUUGCUCAACUUUCCCUCUCGGCAGCCUUACUCAGAUCUUCUUCAUCCCUGCACAAGCUACUACAAGUCCAUCAAGCUACCAAUAUUCAAGCAAGAUCGGUUUGUAAAUUUCAAUUAUCUCGAUAUUUAUACAUACACUACAUACACUACAUACAUAUGUCACUAGUGGCUAAACUGGGGCAUGCCUUGACAAUACUUGACAAACUUGACAAACUUGACAAUAGAUACCUUCCUACAUAAGGUAUUUGACAACAUUUUAAUCCUCAAUCAAGUGACAGCCUCAAGUGGCAACAGCCUGGUGCUCAUCUCAAGCCCCCCACGGUUGUCACGACCACAAUUGGGCCCUCGGUUUACACCCGGCAGCCAACAUAUGGUUAGGCAUGAAUUAAAAAAAAUAAUGGGCUGAAAAUUGUGAUUGUCAACGUUGAACUACACUACCCCUUGGUUUUGCCGUGAUAACCAGGUGUGGUUGUAGCAAUCUUCUGUCAUCGUCAUUAUCGCCAGCAUUAUCGUCAUUCUUAUCCUCGUCAUCUUAUUCUUUCUUUUCAUGAUGUCGGCCAGGAUAGAAAGCCAAUGGAAAUUAGCCGAUUGGAAGAACAUGCAACGUCGGGGCCGCAAGAAAAUCGCAAAAGCAACCAAGGACCCUACUGCCCGAGCGAGGCUACUUACCGAAAUACUGUCGCCGAAUCCCGUAACACUCCACAUUUCAGAGACCGAUCGAACAUUGGCAUUAGCUUCCCUUCCGGCCUUUCUGUUCAACAACCCCACCGAACAUCCCGGUUCAUAUCCAUGCCCAUAUUCGUACUCCUAUCCAUUCCCAUUCUCAUCCUCAUCCCCAUAUCCAUCCCCGUCCCCAUUUCUCGCCCCCUCCACAUCCACAUCCACAUCCUCAUCCUCAUCCUCAUCCUCUAUUGGACGCCGCCAUUCCUUCCUGUCAAGUUUCCCCCCCGAGGUACGCAACACCAUCUACCGUUUCGCCAUCAGUUAUCCCUCUUGUCGAAGUCUAUACGAUGACUACUACGACCAGAGAGAUAAGGCCGUAGCCAGGGUCGAACUACGCCCACAUUCUACUAAUACUAGCAUUUCACGCCAAUCCAAGAUCACUCUCCGGACCCCCACUAUCCUACUACUUUGUAAACAGAUCACUAGAGAGGCACUCAGCCACCUUCACCUCCAAACUUUUGUCAUCGACCGCUUCCCACCCUGGAUUAUGGGCAAUCUAAUGCCAUUGUCUCUAGUCGACUUUAUCAGCAAACCAACGUUGCAAAAUCUCCGGUUUGUCCAGAUCAAGAUAUCACUAGGAGAGAGUAUGAAGUUCCAAAGCGGAAGGGUAUGGCGUAGACUGUUACGUGACGUGCUAGACGCUUGGUCAGAGCGCAACUCCCUUGUCCGAUUGGACAUCAUGUUCAAGCUAUCCAACGUCACCAAUCUUUACACAUGGGACUACGAACUGCUUGACUACGAGGAGCUUGUGAGAGAGCUAAAUUACUUCGCGUUUAAAUACGGCUCCAGGCCAGACUUGAUUCGGUGGGAGCAUUGGGUCCUUGACUUUGAGUAUGCUUAUCGAAUCGGAACACGAAAUCCCCUGGUUCGGGAGCAUCCAGACCCAUAUAUAUGGCAAGGAAGUGUCAUGGAAUGGCUCUAAUAUUCUAAUAUUCCCACUAUUCACAUCACACAUACAUUCGCCUAUCACGACAACCUUUCAACCGUUACAAGCCACCAGCAUCGUUGAAGGGGAAAGAUAUCUCAUCAAGCCGGUGGAUGUGGAUACUAGGGGGAAAAGGUGGAAAAGGUGGAAAUUUUCUACCAUCAUACAUACGGAACCACACGGCGUUUAAAGGAAAGAAUUAUACCCCAAGGAUGGCAUUUGGCAUUUGAUCUUCGCAGCAUGCAUUUCCCUUCUCAAAACAAGCCCGGAUCGAGGCUUAAUCCAAUGAACAGAUGUUCACUCUCACAUAAGUCGGUACAAGGAUGAAGUACUUUCGCCUAGGUAAAACAAAUUGAAACUCGCCCCAACAACAGCAAUGGCAGCAAAGAUCACGUAAUACCUCAUACCAGUUAAAGAUAUUCAAGGCACGGCCCUUGGUAACCGCCUAAUUACUAUGUAUGUUGUUAUGAGGUAUGUACCUCAUAACAUGUAGGUAUUAGGUAGCCUUGAAAAUGGAGCAGGUACCUGCAUACGUCCCUAUUCUGAGUAGUUAAAUAGAAAUAUGCAGAAUGAAUGAAAUCAAGAUACUUCUCAA